GAGUCAUACUUUCAUUUUCCGACAGCGGGCGGGUCUGGUUCGCUCGUUCCAACGUCUAGUCUGGUGAGUUGCCAUUUUCUGACGUUACUAAACCAUGGAUGGAGAGGUGUCCGCCCUCGCCAAGCUGUUCUUGAAGAUUUCGAAUGAUUUCACUGAAAAGGAGGCCACACGUUUGAGGGAACUGCUCUAUACUGACUACCACCUCGGUAAAGCAGAUGUGGAAAACAAAUCACCCCAAGAAAUCUGUAACAUGCUGGAGAGGGCUAACAAGAUGUGGGUACUGGUGAAGGUUCUGAAAGUGCUGGGAAAGGAGAAGCUCGCUCAAGACGUAAAAAACGUAGCGAAACGUGACUCGAGAAAAGACCAUGGCGUUGCCAUCCGCUUCACCCUGGAGACACUGCAGGGUUACAUGGUGCCGGCCUUGCUCAUGAUCAUCGCCAUUUGCAUCGGCCUACUGUAUCUACCUGCCGUUAAAAACGAUGGGAACCAUCAGAACACCCCAAAGGCGGGAAUGACAACGCCUUCUCCAGGCCCAACUUCCCAAAAAGAGGACGGUGAGAAACUUCAGCGUCUGGAACAGCAGAUCAAAACGUUGCAACAUGACCUACAAGAGAUAAAGAAGACAUACAUCAAACGCUGUGAGUCGGGUAUCAUAGAGCUUCCUCGCAACAUUAUCAAGAAAGAAUUUGGCGAACGCAGCCUCAACCGCACCGAGAAUUUCAAGAACCCAUUUGAUACAGAACCCGAGGUAAUUACUUUUGGCUUGACGAAGAUGGACCUCCCUGGAGCGGACGUCCGAAUCGAAGUCAAACUAGUGUCCGUGUCGAAAACGGGCCUGACAAUUUGUUUUACCACCUGGAAUAAGUCAGAGUUGUACAGUGCCAUUGUCAACUGGAUGGUUUGUGCAUAAAUCACCUGUCAAACAUAGCCUGUCAUGCAUGGCUUCCCGACCUUCUCCAGACCAUGGGAGUUAGUCGUGGGGAAGACCAUCCAUGGUUGGGAGUUAGUCGGCGAGGUUGUCUACUUGUGUUUAAAAAGCAGGUCCUGAAAGUGUGACAGGGGCUUAAGAUGUUUAACACCACCAUUUGUCCAGUUACAUUCAGACUAUUUUUUUCUUUUCUAGCAGCUUUUUAUGAGCUAAAAGCAAGUUAGGUUAAAGCCAUGGUUAGUACUGAAGUCAUAGAAUGCCAAGCUUGGUUAAAAGCAGAAACUGGUAUGAAUAACUUUCUUGUACACGGAUAUGCCUAUAACAUUACAUGUAUCUUCUUAUACAAAGUGGCAACUGAAUGUAUUUCAAGUAGACUAGACCAUCAUUUGCACAAAUGUAGUGUUUAUUGAAAGAAACGUUACCUUCUUUUACAUAGCAUGUAUGUAUGUACUACUGACUUAUUGAGCAAGUUUCAGUACGAACUACAUUUGGAACAAAUCUAAUUCUGACAUCGGUAAACUUCCAUAAAAACAAAGAGCAUAUUUCUUUUUUUCUCUAUCACUUCUUUUUUUUGAGAAAACAACAACCUACUAUACAUUCAAAAUAGUUAAUUUUUAGCUACUCAGAAGAGUGAACAGUCGCUUUGAAAUACUUGUAAUGUAAGAUCAACAGAUGUUACAUUUAGUUCAAAGAUGAAAAAAUAAUGACUUAAUACUGUACUUCUGAAUAUUGUAAGUUAUCUGUGGUUUUCUAGUGCACUUAUUAAUGCUUGUUUAUGCAAAUAAAAAGCAUAACAGAUGCUGAAA